AUGACGGCCGAGAGCGGGCCGCCGCCGCCGCCCCAGCCUGAGGCGCUGACGGCCGUGAAGGAAGAGCGCGCCGAAGCGGGGCCCGGGGCCGGGGCCGGGGUCCCUGCCGAGGCGGCCGGCCGUGGCGCAGGCGGGCGGCGGCGCAAGCGCCCUCUGCAGCGCGGGAAGCCGCCCUACAGUUACAUCGCGCUCAUCGCCAUGGCCAUCGCGCACGCGCCCGAGCGCCGCCUCACACUCGGCGGCAUCUACAAGUUCAUCACCGAGCGCUUCCCCUUCUACCGCGACAACCCCAAAAAGUGGCAGAACAGCAUCCGCCACAAUCUCACGCUCAACGACUGCUUCCUCAAGAUUCCGCGCGAGGCCGGCCGCCCCGGCAAAGGCAACUACUGGGCGCUCGACCCCAACGCCGAGGACAUGUUCGAGAGCGGCAGCUUCCUGCGCCGCCGCAAGCGCUUCAAGCGCUCCGACCUGUCCACCUACCCGGCCUACAUGCACGACGCGGCCGCCGCCGCCGCCGCUGCCGCUGCAGCCGCCGCUGCGGCCAUCUUCCCGGGCGCCGUGCCCGCCGCGCGCCCGCCCUACCCGGGCGCCGUCUAUGCUGGCUACGCGCCGCCAUCGCUCGCCGCGCCGCCCCCGGUCUACUAUCCGGCCGCGUCGCCGGGCCAGUGCCGCGUCUUUGGCCUAGUUCCCGAGCGACCGCUCAGCCCAGAUCUGGGCCCGACGCCGCCGUCGGGGCCAGGGGGCUCCUGCGCCUUUGCCUCUGCCGGCACCCCGUCGGCUACUACCACCAGCUACCAGGCUGCUGGCUGUUCCGGGAUCCGGCCCGCCAACCCCUCGGCCUAUGCGGCCGCCUACACUGGCCCCGAAGGCGCGUACCCGCAGGGAGCAGGCAGUGCGCUCUUCCCCGCGGCUGGCCGCCUGGCGGGACCCGCUUCGCCCCCCACGGGUGGCAGCAGCGGGGCCGUGGAGACCGCAGUGGACUUCUAUGGGCGCUCCUCACCUGGCCAGUUCGGAGCACUGGGGCCCUGCUACAAUCAUGGGGGGCAGCUUGGUGGCGGCAGUGGAGGCGCCUAUCACGCCCGCCAUGCAGCGGCCUAUCCAGGUGGGGUGGAUCGGUUUGUGUCGGCGAUGUGA